AUGAAGUCCAUCGUGGCCAAUCCCAGAUUUCGCAAUGUCGCUACCAGCCAAACUGGAUCUGGGGGUCGACCUCUUCGACGACGACGACCAAAAAAUAUUUUUUGGGCUGUUUGCGACAUUGAACGCGAAACUUUCACACAAGGUGCUUUUGGCCAAGCCGAGUCCAUUGCUCUAUUCAAAACCCCACGUUUCAUUGUAAAGUUUGGAGAUACAGGCACCUUUAUGUUUAACAAUGUGCUCGGCUUGGCCAACUGCACCUUGUGUGAAAGUUUCACGAUCAAGCUUGCCAAUCCCAGAUUUCGCAAUGUCGCUACCAGCCAAACUGGAUCUGGGGGUCGCCCUCUUUGA